AUAUCAGCAGGAACAAUGGUCAAGGAUAAGGCAGGCAUCCAGCAGCCGGGCGACGUCGGGAUGUCAUCACCAUUACUGUUAAUAAUUACAGUCCAGGGUAGCCACAGCGGGAUUUAUUGACGGCUAAACAGUCGGCGGCCGCAGUCGCAUUCCAAAUGCCGGAGGAAGAAGGCAGAUGUUUGGAUUUGUAGGAGUCAAUCAGAGCCACAUCGAGCAGAAGACGCCACGGCAGGAGGUCAUCCGAGGAAGCCACCAUGAAGCAAGCGGGGGUCAAGCAGUACGUGGUCGCCCGUUCCUUGUACUCGGAGGAGUCUUUUGCAGAGGAGCACGAGAAGGUCUACAGGCACCGCAAGACCACGCUGGACCACCUGAAGCAGUACUUCACGUGUGACGCCAGGCGUGCUAAAAAUGCCAUCCUCUCCCUCCUGCCAAUCAUCGGGUGGAUGAAGAUGUAUCGCAUCAAAGAGUGGCUGCUUAGCGAUAUCGUGUCAGGGAUCAGCACCGGACUGGUUGCUGUUCUGCAAGGGUUGGCGUACUGUCUCCUGGCUUCUCUUCCACCCUGGUAUGGUCUCUUCUCCGCUUUCUUCCCCGUGGUCAUCUACUUUUUCCUUGGGACCUCCAGACAUAUCUCAGUGGGUCCAUUUCCGGUGCUGUGUCUGAUGAUCGGCUCGGUGGUCACCAGGCUGGUUCCAGAUGAGGGGCCUCCCGCUAACAUCACAGCUUUUGAAGGCUUGACCAGAGAUGAGCAGAGGGUUUUGGUCGCCUCGUCUGUGACCUUCCUGGCCGGCAUCAUGCAGCUGGCGAUGGGCGUCCUGCAGGUGGGCUUCGUGGUCAUGUACCUGUCAGACACUCUGGUGUCAGGUUUCACCACCGCAGCCGCCAUCCACAUCCUGGUGUCACAGCUGAAGUUUGUCCUGGGCCUGCAGGUCCCUGGAAUCAGUGGACCCCUCUCUAUUAUUUAUACUCUGGAGGUGAUUUUUGGUAAGAUCCAGUCCACCAAUGGAUGCGAUGUGGUCAUCUCCGUGGUCAUCAUGCUGGUGGUGUUCAUCGUGAAGGAGCUAAAUGACAGAUUCAAAGCCAAGCUGCCGGUUCCAAUUCCCAUCGAGGUUAUCAUGACGGUCAUAGCAUGCGGGGUCUCUUAUGCAUUUGACUUCAGGACAAAGUAUGGCAUCGACGUCGUUGGACAUAUUCCAAAGGGCUACGAGCCUCCAGUAGCUCCAAACGUGCACAUCUUCCAAGAGACAGCCGUGGAGGCGUUCCCGAUGGCCAUCGUGGGCUUUGCUGUGGCCUUCUCUGUGGCAAAGGUGUAUUCAGUGAAACACGACUACACCAUCGACGGAAACCAGGAGCUCAUCGCUUUUGGAGUGAGCAACAUUUUCGGAGCAUCUUUCAAGUCUUUUGCAGCCAGUACCGCUCUUUCCAGGAGUGCUGUGCAGGAAAGCACAGGCGGCAAAACGCAGAUAGCCGGUUUGCUAUCCGCUCUCAUCGUGAUGAUCGUAACCGUGGCCAUCGGAUUUUUACUGGACCCCCUCCCAAAGUCUGUGUUGGGUGCUGUGGUCAUCGUCAACCUGAAAGGCAUGCUGAUGCAGUUUGGAGACCUGGCCUACCUGUGGAGGCGGGACAAGCCAGACUGUGUGGUCUGGUUGGGGACCUGUAUCGCUGCCGUCUUACUGGGGUUGGAUCUCGGCCUUGCAGCAGGUCUCGGUGUGGAACUCCUCAGUGUGGUCCUCAGGGCUCAGUUCCCUCGCUGCAGCGUCUUGGCCAACAUUAAAGGAACUGAUAUCUACAAGGACCGAAAGGACUACGUCCAUAUAUUUGAGCCAGAGGGAGUCAAAAUCUUCCGGAUCCCUUCGCCAAUCUUCUUUGCCAAUAUUGAGUUCUUCAGGGGGAAAGUGGUGGAAGCUGUUGGAUUUAAUCCACUGAGGGUGCUCAGGAAGCGGAAUAAAGCACUGAGAAACAUCCGGAAACUUCUUCAAAAAGGAUUCCUCCAGUGGACGUCGAAUGGGUUCCUGAACGCCUCAUGUGGACCCAUCAAAGAGGAUUCAGAGUUUGAAAACAACAUGGAAGACCUGGACCAGCCCACAGAUUUCAAGGACCUGCCUGCGCGGAUCGACUGGAACGCCGAGCUUCCCGCCAACAUCACAGUUCCCAAAGUGGAUCUGCACAGUCUGGUCCUGGACUUUGCUGCCGUCUCCUUCCUGGACGUCUCUGCUCUGAAGGGACUUAAAGCAGCACUGAAAGAACUGAUCCGGGUUGAAGUGGACGUCUACAUUGUUGCUUGUGAUCCGUACAUCCUGGAGAAACUGCACAACUGCAGCUUCUUUGAUGAAGAAGUUAAGCCAUCGAUGUUCUUCCUGACACUGCAUGACGCCAUGCUGCACAUCCUGGACAAACAUCCGCAGUGCAUGGAGAAGAAAUCCAACUCUGACAAGGUUCUGACAACUGUCACAAUUCACAAUCCUGGUGGCAGUCUAAGGAGCAGAGACAGAAAUGUACCAGAUCCAGAAACCAAAUUGUAACGCCUGCUUUAUUUAAAACCAAUCUCAAAGACCAAAGGACGACACCAGUAAAUGUUUGCCAAAUCAAUAAUGCACUUCUGUAAAGACAAUCAGUAUGUAAACAUUCUAAAUGUAUGCAUGAGGUAAUAAUUACGCUGCAGUGUUUUUUUUCAUACUGUACAUAGGCAAUCUGUGGGCGUGCUGCAAUGUAUUUUCUAUGCUUUAUAGUUAUAUACUGUAUAUUUUCAGGAUGAUGAUAUUAAAUUAAGUUUUUGGAACACUUGCUGUGUAAUAAUGUCUAUCUAUACAUGUCAGAAGAAGAAUUACAUGAACAAACCAGAGAAGAAUGAUUAAACCAAGCACAGAAAGAUAAAUGAGAUGGAUGUCAAAUGACAGAUUAGAUGCAAGGAACAGCUGAAGACACGCAAGGCUUCUCAUACGGCAC